GGUAACGUGCAGCGAAAAGAAGGGUGUAUUUACCUGGAUCUUUUUAGUUUCCAAUUCAAAGUUUUCAGGUUGAGAGAUUUUUGUGCGUUGUACAACAGGGACACACGAAGUACGGUAUUCACAAGAUUGUUCGAGAUGGCUCACAACCGAAGAUACGAUCAUUUCGAGGUGGAAGCAGCUUUCAAGAAAAUGCCGACUUUUAACGAUGACAAGAUUGACGUCACUGAUCUGAACGUCUUCUUUGCGAAUAUGAGUUACACCUGCACUGACGAGCAGAAAGCAGCAUACAACAAAUAUUUGCGUGACUAUCACAACCGAAAACUUCCCUUGGAUCUUGCCGUCGCAUGUUUGGCAGUAAUUGACGACCCGAAAGAAAUGAUGCGACACAAUGUCACCGCCCUCGACGAAAAUAAGGAUGGAUACAUCGAUGAGUCCGAAUUCAAGUCGAUCGUCCAAAUGAUGCUGAUUCAUGAUCCGGCCUUCCCAAAAGUGGACUACAGCAAGUUCUUUAAGGAGGCUGACACAAAUCGGGAUGGACAAGUCAGCAUUGCCGAAGCUGUGGAGUGGAUUGGCAAAAAUACGAAAAAGACAAAGAAUUAAGUAAUUUCCCUACUAUAUGAAUGACAACCAGUAUCAAAAGCUGAUAAAGAUAUGGAUAUUUAUGUAACUGCUGUCUUAAAUUUUAUAAUUUGGGUAUAGACGGAUCUGAUUAAAAUUCAUGGAAUAUGUAAUUUAAGUA